CAUAUGGAACGUCCCUACGAGCGUCACGCACUGACGUCACUUCCUAGUGCGCUCUGUGGAAGAGAAGCAGGAAGAGACGCGAGUUAGCUAAAUACUUAGCAAACAGACUUUAAUAUUUAAAGUACAGGUGUUGUUACGAUGUUAUCACUGUAAGACCACCAGGAGAAUGUGAAUGGUUUACAUACCUAACCCUCGAUAUUAUGAAACCUCACUGAAUUUAUGAGUCGAGUGUGUCUUUAAACAUGGAGAAAUUUGGUAUGAGCUUUGGUGGAGGCCUGAGCAAAAAAGAACUGCUUGAAUGUAUUGAGAGUCAGAAGAAGCAGCUCAUCCAGUACCAGACCCGCUUCAAAGAUCUUGUUCAGGCCUAUAAGAGUUUACUGAAGGAGAAAGAGGCUUUGGAAGCUAGUUUCAAAGUGCUGACUGUGUCUGCACCGUGCCCAGUGACCACCGACCAUCCUGAUGACCAUGGUUCAAUUCACAGUGAGGACAGCCUGGAUGCCGCUGAGUCAGGGGUUGAAAGCAUUGUGACUAGCAGCAGCACUCAAAGUGAUGCAACAGAUGAAGACCAGGUCAGUCCUGGAGAAGGUAACUCAGUGUUUCUACAGUCUGAGAAGAGUGAACUGGAAAAUGGUGGUGUUUCUAGUGGCCCUGUGAAUGUGGAGCAAACUGUAGCUUCACCAAAUGCAGAAUCAGACCGCCGGGUAAACCAACUAAAGUCUCAGCUAUCUACUUUGACCAUGUCUUUGGCCACGGUUACACAGGAGAAGUCUCGAAUGGAAGCAUCUUUCCAAGCCGAUAAGCGUAAGAUGAAGCAGGAGCUGGAUGAGGCACGGGAAAAAGCAGAGGAGGAGCAUAAGCAGCACCAGAUUGAACUCCAGGCUGUACAGGAACAGUUAACAGAGUGCAGAGCACGUAUGAUUAUGCAGCAACACCAGUACGAUCAAGAACAGCUUGACCAUGGCCACAUGCUUCGUGAAAUCCAGAAACUCCUCCAGGAGGAGCGGAGCCUUAGGCAGGAUGUUGAACUUAGUUUGGAGGAUGCCAGGAAAACCCUUGCUGAAACCAUGCAGAGCAAAGACCAGGGUUUCGAUUAUGAAGAGCAGCUGAAGCAGGUUACUCAGGAAUGUGAAAUGCUGAGAACAAGUCUGCAGGUUCUCAAGGUUGAGAGAAGCAAGCCUGAGCAGCAGGUGAUAGAGCUGCAGCAAGAGAUUGCUGAUCUAAAAGCACACUUUAACCAUCAACUUCAGCAGGAGAUUAAAAAGGUUUCACAGGCAGAAGCCGCCUUACAGGAGCAGGCAAAGUUGGAGGAGAAACGAGUGGCAACUUUAGAGGAGCGAGUUUCUGAGCUGUCAGGGCUGUUGGGUGCCAGUGAGAAGGCCAGGCAGAAAGACCAGCAGAAUGCUCAGAGGCAGCGUGAACAGAUCCUUCAGCUGGACACAGAGAACAAGGCCCUAGCUAUUGCAGCCAGCACUACCAGGCCCAGCGAUUGUGACCUUGGUCUUGAUGAAACGAAUCUGGAUGUGAACACGCUGAAGGAUAAGCUGGAGAAGGUGAAGAAGCUGUUGCAGCUGGUUGCACAGAAAUCUCCAGAACAAAGUUUGGAAAUUGAGAAAAUAAUUGAAGGAACAGGAGGACAGGAUGUGGAAAAAGCCUCAGUGCAAUACUAUCAGCAAGAGCUGCGGCAGUUGAAGGAGGAGUUUGAACGCUACAAGGUGCGAGCACAGGUGGUCCUAAAGAAUAAGAACGGCAAAGACAGCACCCAGACCAAGGAGCUUGCGGAAGCUCGAGACCAGCUGGUUGAACUGAAAGAAAAGUACAUCAACCUGCGUGUCCAGUCAGAUGAAGCCAACAUGAUACACAAACAGGAGAUCAAGGUGCACCAACAAGCACUAGCAGCCCUUCAGCAGGCUCAUAAGCAGGACCUAGAGAAGCUAGAAGCUCAGUACAGAGAGAACUUCUUGCAUCUUGAGGAAGAGCUGCACAAGCAGAGGGAGCGCACCAUGGCGUUACUCCAAGAGAAGGAUUUUGAGCUAGAAAAACUACGAGCUGAAAGCAUUCAAGGACAGAUUGUUAGUGAUGGUGCAGCAGAGAGAGGAGUUAAAGACAACAUCGACUUUGAAAGUGGCAGUUCUUCACAAGAGGAAUGUGAGAUGAUUACGCACACCCUGAAGCUAGCCAACCCCCCAAAAAACAGUUUGCUACUGUAUGCUGAACAACUGGCUCGAAACGAGGUGGAAAUUUCUGCUUUGCGCAAACAAAAGCAUCAGCUGGAGGAAGGCAUGCAUCAACUACAGGCGAAGUUCUUUUCUACUGAAGAGAGGCACAAGGAGGAGAUGGAUGAGUUGCAGGCUCAGCUGGACAAAAGCAUUCGUGACCAGAGCAGAGACGGUGCUAACUUAGAAUACCUCAAAAAUAUCAUCUAUAGAUUCCUUACACUACAAGAUUCAAAAGGACGUCAGCAGACGCUCAUGGCCAUUCUGACCAUCUUACACUUCAGCCCUCAAGAAAGGCAGUCUGUCAUGAAGCAGCAAGUGCAGAGCUGGUGGACACCCAGGAAGAGAUGAUGCUGUCAUUCAGUUCAUUUAUUUUUAAAGCUUAUAUCAAAUUAUAAUUGCAAUAUCUGUUAUCUGUUAAUCAUAUAGAGUAAUUCUGUUCAGCUAAAAUCUUCUGUGGAUUUUCGAGCAUUUUCUGACAUUCCAGGUGAAUAAUUCUCUCAAUUUUGUCUAGAAUAUUUAUUGGUUGGUAAUGGAAAAUAAAUAAUCAAAAAUCA